AUGUACAGGACGAGAAGGCUACUAGCUCUUAGGUAUUGUGUCCGUUUUGCAUGUAACUCCCGUGUUAUCGUCACUGGUGGGGAUGACUAUCGAUUGAGGGUAUGGGAGACUAAGACGGGAAGGUUGAAGUCGACUUUGGCUGGCCAUACUGGAGAGGUCAUGGAAACUGCUGUCAACUACUGUGAUACGAUAAUUGCCUCGUCUGCUACUGAUAAAACAGUACGGUUAUGGAAGGUGAGUGAUGAAGACCAACAAAGUCGUCCUUUAACAACUCUCCAAUUCACUGCUGAGGUCCACUUUAUGGCUUUCUCUCCAUCUAAGGAUCAUGAGCAAGUCUUCAUAACAGUUACAUGUGAUGGUGGUAUUUUUAUAUGGGAUCUAACUACGGUCACCAGAGACAACGGGGGAGAGGUGCUUAGUGCAUAUUGCAAGUAUUAUCUUGAUGUUGAGAGUAAGCUCAUACGGGGAUUUGAUAUUUUCUCGGGACCUAAGAUAGGCACUAGGAUGGUAGAAGACAUCUCCGAUCCUUCCUCUGUGGAGGGGUACACUAAUCGAUAUUUGAACUUCUGGUUUGCCGUUGGAUGUAGUGAUAAGUGUGUUCGGGUCUUCUCGGUACAACCACAUGGCGAUAGACCGGUUAAGAUGGACGUUAGGAAUCCCGAAUUCGUCAAAUACCAUCAUUUAGAGUUCGAGCUCAGUGGUGUCCAUACCCAAAUAGUGUCCCAUGUGUGUUUUGAUAACCUAAAUGGUGAUUGUGCAUCAUCUGAUGAUCAUGGUGGCCUCGUAUUAUGGCGUCUAUCCUCAUCAACUAUGUAUAGUAGGCCCAGGCAGAAGUGGAUAGAAGCUUUGCGUUUGUCGAGCCCUUUAAACCCCCUUCCUGAGUAUAUUGAAUUGGUACGGCCUAUCAUCCCAACUGGUGAUUCAAUCAUCCGAAUGUGUGUGGACGGUGAAACUACACUAUGUAACCUAUCUAAGGCAUGCCCAUCGGUUCAAGGGUAUUGGGGGUAUCACGCUAUACGAACCUUUUCUUGGACGGCUGAUGACAAGUAUAUUAUCUGUGGGGUAGCAGAGAACCCAGUAGAGGCAUCGAAAGACGAGACACCUACUGUACCAACAGAAGGUCGACAAUACCGCUAUGGUGCACUAGUGUUCGAGGCCCCCUCUGCACGACUAGUUGAUGCUGUUAUGCAUCCUUCUUUGGUUAAUGGGGAAGUCUAUGUGGCUUUACCGGCUAAGUUCCUAUACCCCUGGUUAUUCUGUCUAUGCUCUUAUGAUGGUGGUGUGACCUUGUGGAGUAUAGAUCCUCAUAAGAGCCGAGCUCAAGUUGUGAAUAAGUUCGAUCUCUCUAGUUGCUACACUGAUGAUCCUCAUUCGUCGAGGCAAUUCUGUGAUGGUCAAUUCGAUGGUAGAGGGGACUUUGUGGUGACAGAUAACCUUGGAUGUGUACACUACUUUUCAACUGGAGAGCCUGCAUUAUCGGGUAGUUCAUUAGCAGCUCCAUUAGAGGAACAGUUUUUCGAGGGGGAUUACCUUAUGGGCGUAAGAUAG